AUGUCCCUCCACACCCCACUCUGCACCCUCCUUAAAAUCCAGCACCCGGUCCUCCUCGCCGGGAUGGCCCGCGCCUCGGGCGCCCCAUUAGCCGCCGCAGUCUCCAACGCCGGCGGACUCGGCACAGUCGGCGGACUGGGGUAUACACCGAAGCAGCUAUCAGAGAUGCUGACAGAGCUGAAAUCACUCCUCCGCGACCCCAACCUCCCCUUCGGCGUGGACCUAGCCCUCCCACAAGUUGGGAACGGCGCGCGCGCCACAAACCACGAUUACACGCACGGACAGCUAGACGAGCUGGUCGAGGUGGCAAUCUCGCAUGGUGCGAAGCUAUUCGUUUCUGCCGUGGGCGUUCCGCCCGAGAAGACGAUUAAGCAGCUACAUGGUGCGGGCAUCCUGGUUAUGAAUAUGGUGGGUGCGCCGAAGCAUGCGGAGAAGGCGUUCCAGCGGGGCGUGGAUAUCGUUUGUGCGCAGGGUGGUGAGGGUGGUGGGCACACGGGCGAUAUUCCGUUCUCGGUGCUUGUUCCUGCAGUUGUGGAUGUGGCGCGCAAGUAUCGCAGUCCCUUGACGGGGCAGCCGGCGCUGGUGGUUGCGGCGGGUGGAGUGAAUGAUGGGCGCAGCUUGGCAGCGUCGUUGAUGCUGGGUGCUGCGGGUGUUUGGGUUGGGACGCGGUUUGUGGCCUCGGAGGAGAGCGGCGCGAGUCGCAUGCAUAAGGAGGCUGUUGUGGGCGCCCAGUAUGGUGAGACGAAGCGCACGCUGGUGAUCUCGGGGCGGCCGCUGCGGAUGUUGCCUAAUGACUAUAUCAAGGGGUGGGAGAGUCGGCCGGCGGAGAUUGCGGAGUUGACGGCGAAGGGGGUUGUCCCGAUGAUGAACGAUCUGGAGAACGAGAAGGAUGUUGAUAUGCCCUUCCUCAUGGGUGAUGUGUCCGCGAGCGUCAAGGCGAUCAAGCCGGCGGGUGUGAUUGUGAGGGAGAUGGUCCAGGAGGCCGUGGACAUGCUCAAGGUUGGUGGCUCGUACAUCGCGGCGAAUGGCCAGGCGAAGCUAUAA